AUGAAUCCCGGCCAAAUUCUGCAAGAUGCCCCCGUCCGAAAAAUUGCCAUCUUUGGCGGCACGCACGGCAAUGAGCUGUCCGGGGUGUUCCUGGUCAAAUCCUGGCUGGAAGACGGAGCAGAGAUUGAAAGAGCCGGGGUGCAGGUACGGCCUUUCCUGGCCAACCCACGAGCUGUGGAAAAAUGCUGCCGAUAUAUAGACUGUGACCUGAACCGGGUGUUUGAUUCCGAAAGUCUCGGCAGGGACCUCACGGACAACGUCCCCUAUGAAGUCAGAUGGGCUCAGGAAAUCAACGGCUUAUUCGGUCCGAAGGGCCGGCCUGAGGCUUACGACCUCAUCUUUGACCUUCACAACACCACCGCUAACAUGGGUGGGACCCUCAUCCUGGAAAACUCCAGCGAUUGCUUCGCCAUUCAGAUGUGCCAUUAUAUACAGGAGGCUGUGUCGCCAGACAGGUGUCCGGUCUUACUUCUUGAGCAUCCCAAUUUGAAAUACGCCACUACCCGGUCGAUAUCAAAGCAUCCAAUUGGUGUUGAAAUUGGUCCUCAGCCCCAGGGGGUCCUGAGGGCCGACAUUUUGGCUAAAAUGAGGAACAUCGUUCGACACGGGCUGGAUUUCGUGGCCAAAUUCAACGCAGGUCAGGAAUUCCCUCCGUGUACUAUUGAGGUUUAUAAAUUAUUGGAGAAAGUUGACUAUCCCAGGAACCCCAAAAAUGAGAUUAUGGCUGUCAUUCACCCUAAUUUACAG